AUGCUCGCAACUAUCCAAGAAGCAGGCUUUAACCUUCUAACCUCAAUUCUAUUAAAACGCGAUAGCACAGAUGCAGAUCCUGAUAUUCCCGAUGAUGAGGUUAGCGAUCCUACGACUGAGGAGAUCUUUACAUCAUGGGCUCUAUUUAUUUUGAUUAUUCUUCUCAUUGGGUCUCUGUGGACUAGUUACUAUUUGCAGCAAAAAAGAAUCCAAGCCGUGCAUGAGACUGUUAUUUCAAUUUUUUCAGGAAUGGUUGUGGGUCUUAUUAUUCGGAUUCUCCCUGGACAUUUUAUUCAAGAACAUGUCUCGUUUAACUAUUCGUACUUUUUCAAUCUUCUUCUCCCUCCAAUUAUUUUAAAUUCCGGAUAUGAGUUACACCAAGCAAACUUUUUCAGAAACAUUGGUACGAUUCUUACAUUUGCGUUUUUGGGAACGUUUCUUGGAGCAAUCUUUCUUGGAGUAUUGCUUUACCUUUGGACAGCUAUUGGCCUUGAAGGAAUUCAAAUCAGCUUUUUGGAUGCUAUUAGUGUUGGCGCCACACUUUCUGCUACGGACCCUGUUACGAUUCUUUCAAUUUUCAAUGCUUACAAGGUUGAUCCGAAGCUUUAUACCAUUAUUUUUGGCGAGUCACUGCUUAAUGAUGCAGUCUGUAUCGUUAUGUUUGAGACUGCGCAAAAGUUUAGUGGCGAAGAAACCCUCCAUAUUACCAGUUUAUUUAAGGGUAUUGGUCUUUUCUUGAUGACAUUUACUAUUUCGCUCAUGAUCGGAACUAUUGUUGAGGUUGAGCUUAUAUUCAAGCCAAUUUUAAUCAUUGUCACCACGAUUGGCAUUUGCAUUUCUCGAUGGGCUUCUGUUUUCCCUCUUUCAAAGCUUAUUAACAUGUUUUAUCGCCGAAGACGUGCUCAGAAUAGCAAUUCUGCUAAUACAGGUAAUGGUAGUCUCAAUCAGCAGCUGCAGCCAUACCAAGAUGAGAUCCCUCCCCAGUACCAGAUGAUGCUGUUUUGGGCAGGCCUUCGUGGUGCAGUUGGUGUUGCACUUGCGGCGGGGUUGACUGGUGAGCACGCCAACUCGCUUAAGGCUACGGUACUUGUUGUUGUUGUACUGACAGUGAUUGUAUUUGGUGGCACGACUGCUCGUAUGCUUGAAAUUUUAGGGAUUCGCACGGGUGUAGUUGAAGAAGCAGAGAGUGAUGAUGAGUUUGAUAUUGAAGCAUCUUUGGGCAUGAGAUAUUCGACAAGUCAAGGACAUCGAAGCAACCGCACCCGGAACAGCGGGUUUGGAAGCAGCGACUUGGGCUCGUACUCGUUAGAUAACUUUGCGCAUAGUAGUAGUAGCAGGAAUAGCAAGAGUGGAGUUGACGUGGGUAGCUAUGAUGGCGGUGCGCGUGUACGACGGUCGUCAUCUUACCGGGACGAUUCUGCAAGUGGGGGCGAUGACGAUCUGGUAUCUGAUGUGGAGUCUGAUGCAUCUGAUCUUCCUCCCAUGGCAAAUUCUAGCAAAAAUGGUAAUAAUGGAGCAGCUGGGUUUGUAAGCGCGGGGUCUCAUGAUGGAGAAUCCAGCAACAAUUCUGGAGGAUUGGGAGCACGUACAUUGUCUGGGAUUCUUACACGAAGCGCUGAUGAUCAUGCGAGGUGGUUUAAAGAGUUUGAUGAACAGGUUCUUAAGCCUGUACUUUUAGAUAAUCUUCCAGGACCUAGUGGAAGUUCUGGAAAUAGUGCCAACAAUAGUUCGACAAGUCUGAACAAUGGAAAUUGA